AUGUACCCGACGGACCGAAGCAUCUCGGCUCCGUCGGCCUUUUCGCCCGCUUUGCCUCCUCUUACGUCCUUCGACGUCAUGGCAUCCACGCCCGUCUCGUCUGCGCCGUCUUCAGCGACCGACGUCGCUGAGGUGCUUGCGGCGCACCCCAACGACGAGCUGGCGGCGGAAUUGGGAAGUUGGCCGGUGGACCUGCAGGCCAAAGUGGCGGCUGCCAUGUCAGCAAUGGGCACGACGGCGUCUUCGACGUCCGGGCACAACAAUGGAGGCGGCUUCGGCGUCUGCCGCCGCGGGUCCGUGGGCGACCCGGCGGCCGUCGUCGUCGACGUCAGCGGCAACAUCGGCCCGGACUCCGGCGCGGCGCCUACUACAUCCACCCUGCCGACAACCACCUUGACCUCGGCUGGCAGCAAGGCGGCGCCAGACAUUCCGCCGCUGCCGCAGGCAAAGCCGAUGGCCAAGGCUCCGCCGCCGCCAUUCAAGGAGCCAAAUCAGCUCUUGCAAAAGCAGCCGCCCGCAGCGGAGCGGCGAGGGAGAUGGGAGCUGGCGCCAGCUUCUCAUCGGCGGGAGACCGUCCCGGCCGGUGCAGCGCCUCCGACUCACUGGAGAGGCGUCCAGGAACCUGUCAUCAACGGCAUCGGCGUCCUCAUCCUCAGCGCCAUCGUCUACGUUGCUGACCAUUCCGUCGGCGAUGCAGAUUAUCCUAUCCAGGGCACCGACGAGGACCCGCUGCCAGCUGUGAGGCUUUGA